AUGUCGGUGCGCGUGAAUAACCAAGAGUUGUUGAAUAAUUUAAGAGAAAAACAUGGACCAGAUUUUGUUUCUAUGAGUGAUCUUCAACACCCAACUUCAGAAUUCAUGAUGCGAUAUUUUGCAACUGUUAUUGCGCAAUUGGGCAUUGACAUUAAGGGAAUGUCUCAUCACGAGUUAAUUGACAGUGACUAUAAAGACAUUAGUGCCUAUAUUCAAGUGUACAAGGCUGUGAAGAAAGUUUGCCCAGUACCGAAAUAUUUUGCAAAUUUUACUGUAGAGUCCCUAAUGGAGCCAAAACCAGAAGACAUCAUGUACGUGGCUGCAAUGGAUAACUUCUAUGACUUCUACUUCCAACAUGUGACAGACCACCUUUAUCCACGUGCACAGGAGUUGGACUCCUUGCAGGAGAUGCUGCAGGAGCAAAUUAACCAGAGGUCAGAGUUGCAACAUCAACUGAAUGACAGAGCAGCUGCAUGCAGUAAGCGGGAUAUGGAGCUAGUGCAGAUAAUCUUCUACUUAAUUCAUCCCCAA